CGGUAAAGAAGUGAGCCAGAGUUUAUUCGUUUUCUUAAAAAAAUUACACAGAGAAUAACAGAAAAACAGUUUCGAACUGAAAAUUACAUAGAAACCACAAAGCGGUUCAAAUGAAUUCGAACAAAUAACAUACACUAAGGCCAUAAAUGCUAUUCAUUUCAUUCCUUAUGUUUUUCAAUAUCGUUUAUUUUGUGUUUGUUUUUAAUUUCACGUCAACACAACAAUUUUUUAUUUCCAAAAUUAAAAAAAGCAAUAGUAACACGAAACAGUAAAGUAAAACUCAGUGUUUUUUCCGUGGACGUUUGUGUAUUUUGUUUUUGUAAGCGAUUUAGUUUGUUUUUUUUUUUCUUCGAAAAUAACUUGUGAUUAAAUUCAAUUCUCCAGCGAAUAAAAGUCCAGUGUUGAGUUUAAAAGAAAAAUCAAAAGAAAAGAGAAGAAGAAAAACCAACCGAUCGAAUUGAGAAUUUGUGAGAAAAUUUUGAAGAAAGAAAAGAAUAUACGAAAAUAAAAUAGAAGAAGUCAUUGAAAGAAAUCUGCUGAGUUUUGAACUAGAAAAAAAAGUAUAUGUCUUCAAUUUAUAGUUGUUUUGUGCAAGUAAAACAGAAAAUAGAGAUCAGGAACUGACACAACACGACAAACAAAAAUAAAAAGAAUCUUUGUGGAGUUUUGUUUGUGCACUUGAGAAAUAUAAAUCAAAGUGAGACUCAACAGUAAAAGUGGUAAAACAGCAAAAGCAAAAGCGCACACUGAAUCACAUCAAGAAUGAAAAAAAGAAGAAGAUGAAUUUAUAGUUCAAGUAUAUUGUUGACAAUUAUAAAUAGAGAAGGCCAAGGCUCAAAAUAAACCAUUGUGCGCACCAAAAUCGAAGAUCAGACAACAACAACAGUUUAAAAGGAAAAAAAAAUAGGAGAAAAAGAAGAAGAAAUAAAAGGAAGAGAAAAAUAUCUAUCAAACGAAUAAUUUUUUGUUUCGAAGAAGUGAUAUGAAAACUAUGAUAAUAAUAACUUGAAAACGACAAUUGUGACGAACUUUCAGUGUUUAUGUUUUGUAAUCCAUUGCACAUACACACAGACAAACAGCGAGUGUGAUUUAUGGAAAGAAAUCAGAGAAAGAGGAAAGAAAGCAACAACACACAGCUAUUAUUACUUCAAGUAAACACACUGCCACACACUCACACACGCUGAUAAAGCAUCAACAACAAUUAUCGCAUUUUUGCCCUCAAAUAUUGCAUCUGCAAUGUGAAAAGAGCAAGACGAGAGUUUCAGCAAUUUGAUGCAUUCGAGACACGCAAUACGCGCGCACCAACCAAAAACCAGCAUACUGCCACAUUCAACCCAAGUAGUUGGAAUUAAGCGCUGAAUUGCAUCAAUAUACACAACAGCAAAUAAACAUUAAACAACAACUACAACAACGACCCAAUCUCGCCAAACAAAAACGCAAACCCUAAUUGAAUGUGUUUCAAAAGCUGUGACAUCAUAUGAGAGUUUUGUGCUGAAACGAAGAAAAAAGAAAUAAACAUUGCGAAGAAAAACUUUUUGAUAGCAUAUACAAAGUCAGCGAAAGAAAAAUAAGCAACGAUACACAGCUAAAACGACGACAAAGUUUAAGAGCAGCGACCAAACAGCAAAAUGAUUUAAUAUAUAAACUCUUGAUGGAAAAAAAAACGGAACGUAUAGAAAAAGAGAAACAAUCAAAAUUCAAAUGCGAUCACCAAAAAACCGAAACUUAUCCAUACAAACAAUAAUGAUAUAGAAACACCGAAAGAGGAAAAAACAACACAACAACAACAACGACAUAAAUAUUUAUUUCGACGAUUUGUAGCUAUCUCGAAUAUAUGGAUUGGUGUGUGCACGCAUAUUGAAAUCUGUGGAAGAUACAAACACGUCGCACCGAAAUUAAAUGAAUCAAACUAAUAAAACGAAAAAGAAAUCGAUCGAUGUGUCUAUGCCGAUGAGAUCGAUAUAAUUACCAUCUGGGAACCGAAACAUCGGACUAAAACACAAAGUUAUACAAUUUUUGUUUGGUUUGGAUUCCGUUUUUAUGAUUGUUCAUCUCUUGAGAGAACCGAGAAAUGUACAGCAUCGAAAUUCAAUAAAUAGACGAUAUAGAGAGCAGAUAGCGAAGAAAGCCGCAUCGAAGAGAGAAGGAAUAAAAACCGAAUAAAUUGAGUUUUUGGAGAAUUGCACGACAAGUAUCAACGGAAAAAAGAGGUAGAGAAGAGGCACAACGCGGGCAAAACUAUAAUAUUUUGUUUUUGAAAACAACCAAGAGAGCAACACAUACACACUCACAUCCCAAGGAACAAAAAGGCCGAGCAGAGAAAUUGUGAUUUUUUUUCUCUCUCAUUCAUCAUUCGUUCGGCUAGUUAUUUUUUGGUUGUUCUUCUAUGUGCUGCAACAUACCUACCAUGAGUGCUUACCAGUUCAUCGUUCAAAAAACCAAACUGAAAACGCAAUAAAAAAAAAACAGGCACCGACGAAAAAGAAGCAGACGAAAAAGAACACAAAACUAAAAUAAAAAAAAAUUGUUUUCUGUGUUUCUUCUGGUGCGUUUGACUCUCUGUCGAGUGUGUUGAUUCAGUUUCAACAAUUUUGAGGCUGCUCUUUAUUUUUACCAUUCGCCGUUUGGAUUCACAUCAACGGCCAACGAGGAAUAACAACAGCACCAGCAACGAAGAGAAAAAAAAAAUAACGAAAACGAAAACGAAAAAAGGCAUCGAAUCUACCGAAAAUAAAGUCGAAAAUGAACAAAAAAUCACGUAUGGAGAGAAAAAACCGACUGAAGGAUUGAAGGAGUACUCUCUCUCACACACACACAUAAACAUAUAUAGACACAGACAAAAUCGCAGCAUCUCAAAAAGAAAACGAGAACGACACAACGAACGAAAGCAGCAGCAGCAGCAGCAGCAGCCGAAAAAAAGUAAAAAUCAAGGCAAACUCAUUUUUGGGUGUUGAGAAAACGUUUCUGGAUUCUAAGAAGAAGAAAAAGCAUUGAUAUUGUGUUGCCUAUGUUGCAUUCCGCAUAUUUUAUGCAUUUUAAAGUGCAAAAUUCAUAACGAGAAACACACUCAAGUGGAAAUUUUAUAUUCCGUUGUGUAAUUUAAACCCAGAGAAUCACUUCAAAGCACACACAACACAGACACAAUGAUGACAUCGUCAAAGCGAAUAUUCAGUGUGAUACUGGCAAUUUGUCUGUGCGUCACAUUAGUAACAGCACGAUCAUCGUUGCUCGGACGAGCGGAUGCAGCACCACGCGGUUGCAAAUGGCAACGUUUGCCCGGCACAGACGCCUCAAACGACACAUCCAAUGUGAAGCAUAUGCUUCAAUGUAAAUUAAGGACAAUUAGCGGUAUUGAUAAUUUACUUAGCAAUUUAAGUGUAUACCAAACGGAUCGCAUUUCGGCCAUGCGACUCGAAUGCAGUGACCUUCUAUUCUUCGAAAGUUCACUGGAAGCAAACAGCCAGCAUGCGGGCGUUUUUCUUAGCGCGUUACGUAAUUUAAAUAAUUUAACCAUAGAAUUUUGUAAAAUUCGGUAUGUACCGUCAAUGGUAUUGCAAGGAUUACGCAAUUUGCGGAUUUUAUCGUUGCGAACGCACAAUUCCGACUGGAGCCCAAUGAAUUUGGAAUUGCAUCCGGAAUGCUUUCGUGGCCUAACCGAAUUACAAGAUUUAGAUUUAUCCGACAAUAACAUUUGGAGUUUGCCGACGGAAGUAUUUUGCCCGUUGUACUCUCUGAAACAUUUGAAUUUAACGAAAAACCGUCUCACCGAUAUCGCACAAUUGGGCUUCGCUGGGUAUGGCAGCGGUUCAUCAACACCUGGCAAAGCAUGCAAUACCGGUUUAGAAGUACUGGACUUAUCACACAACGACAUUUCAUCGUUACCCGACAACGGUUUGUCCGCACUCCGAUCACUCACCACGCUUAUGCUGCAGGAGAAUUUACUUAUUGAAAUUGCCGAUCACGCACUUGCCGGCCUACAAUCACUCAGCGUACUGAACAUUUCAAGCAAUCGACUGGUUGCAUUGCCACGCGUAUUAUUCCAUUCAACGCCACAGCUCACGCAAUUGUAUGUACAAAAUAACACCUUGACCGCACUAGCACCCGGUUUAUUGGAACGUCUUGACCAUUUGGAAGUAUUGGAUCUAUCACAAAACGACCUCACAUCGACGUGGAUCAACAGCGAAACAUUCUCCGGCUUAGUACGUUUAGUUGUGCUCAAUUUGGGCCACAAUGCACUCACCAAAAUCGAUCAGUUCGUAUUUCGUGGCUUGUACAGCCUACAAAUCCUGCAUUUGGACCACAACAACAUCGAGACCAUCGAAUCGAGCGCAUUUGUCGAUUUGAAAAACUUGCACGCCCUCACACUGUCAUCGAACAAUUUGAAACGCAUCGAAUCAUACCAUUUCACCGAAUUAUACGUGCUGAACCAGCUGUUUUUGGAAUCCAACCAAAUCGAAUCGAUUGACGACAACGCAUUCGAGAAUCUCACCAAUUUGAAUGAUCUUAGUUUGAAUGACAAUUUACUCAACGAAAUUCCGACCUGCUUACAAAAGUUGCAUUUCCUCAAAUCAUUGGAUUUGGGCAAAAAUCGCAUCGACACCCUGCACAACGACUCAUUCGACGGUUUGAAACGACUAUUGGGACUGCGUUUAGUCGAUAAUCUGCUCACAACCAUCGCUCGAGACACAUUCAUCAAAUUAUCAUCGAUUCAUGUGCUGAAUCUUGCAUCAAACCAAAUCAAACAGAUCGAUCAAUCGGCGUUUAGUUCGAAUCCAACGUUGCGUGCCAUUCGCUUGGAUAACAAUCAAAUUCAAGACAUUUCCAGUGUGUUCACUUCGUUGCCCGACCUUGUGUGGCUCAACGUUUCUGAUAACAACAUUCACCAGUUUGAUUACAGUCAUUUGCCGGCAUCACUCGAAUGGCUCGACAUACACAAAAACAACUUGACACGAUUGGGCAACUACUUCGACGUACGCAACAUCACGCAAAUCAAAAUGCUCGACGUUUCAUACAAUAAUUUGGCUCGCAUCGAUGAUUCCAGCAUACCGAACAGCAUUCAAACGUUGUAUUUGAAUAACAAUAAGAUCCGUGAGGUCGCACCAGGUACGUUUUUGAAGAAACGCCAUUUAGAAAAAGUUGUUCUGUAUGGCAAUCAAAUUCGUGAAUUGGACAUUUCGGCAUUUGCACUGAAUCCAAUAUCCGACAUAAGAGAAAUGCCUGCAUUUUAUAUCGGCGAUAAUUUAAUCCAUUGCGAUUGUCACAUGGAAUGGUUGCAACGCAUUAACGAGCUCAGCCACUUGCGCCAGCAUCCACGAGUACUCGAUUUAGACUUAGUUAUGUGCACCAUGGAACAUGAGCGCAAUGGUGUGGCUGUCGUGCGACCGCUAAUGGAUUUAAAACCACAAGAUUUCCUAUGCAAAUACGAAAGCCACUGUUUCGCCUUGUGCAAUUGCUGUGACUUCGAAGCGUGCGAUUGCAAAAUGACCUGUCCCGACCGCUGUACAUGCUACCACGAUCAUACGUGGAAUGCAAAUGUUGUCGAUUGCGGAAAUGCCGGCUACACCAAAGUGCCGGAACGCUUGCCAAUGGAUGCAACAACCAUUUUCUUGGAUGGCAACGAUUUGGGCGAUCUAUCGAGUCACAUGUUCAUUGGCAAACGAAAAUUGGAGCAACUGUACUUAAACGAUAGCAAAAUAACGAGCUUACACAAUCGCACAUUCAACGGUGUACCGAGCUUAAAGGUCUUACAUCUCGAAAACAAUCAAAUCGAAGAGCUACGCGGUUUUGAAUUCGAUCAACUGAAAAACUUGAAUGAGCUGUAUUUAAGCGAAAAUGCCAUCUCACACAUCGGCAACAACACAUUUGGAACAUUGAAAAAGCUUGAGGUAUUGGCACUCAACCACAAUAAAAUCACCAAUUUUGCGCCAUGGCAUCAACUUACAUCGGCCUCGGAGGCCGGCACAUUGGGUCAAUUGUCAUUGGAAGGAAAUCGGUGGCGAUGCGAUUGUGAAAAUCUGUUGAAACUCAGCGAAUGGAUAAAAGAUUUUACGGGUGUAUUCGAUAUUAGCCAAAUGAUGUGCAUCGACAAGCGUUACGUCGGCGAAAUGAUCAAGCACUGUGAAGAAGCCCUCGAAAAUGGAAGUGCCACAUCGGCCGUUCAACGUACAGUCAUUGGAAAUGGUUUGAUUGGUGGAAGCUAUGUGCCAUUGUUGGCUGCCGUUCUCGUUUCAAUCAUCGGAGCCGGCCUAUUGAUUGCAUUAGUCUGUGUAUUGCGUCAGGAUUUCAGACUGUGGGCCCAUGCAAAAUACGGUAUUCGCCUGUUCAAAGAUCCAACACAAACACCUGGCAAAAGUGGCGCUGAAGAAGGGGACCAAUUGUACGAUGCCUACUUUAUCUACAGCAUUCGCGAUUCCGAUUUUGUGCUCCAGGUCAUCGCAUCCGAAUUGCACAACAGCGGAUACAAUUUGUGCUUGCAUCAUCGUGACAUCCAUUCGUCGGCAUAUCUUAACGAUUCGUUACAAAGUGCGGCCGAUAUCUCGAAGAAAAUUAUCAUCGUUGUCAGUAUGGCAUUUCUUCAAAAUGAGUGGUCACAACCAACGUUCCGUUUGGCAUUACAAUCUGUCAUCGAAAAUAUCCGACCAUCGUAUCGUCGUCACAAAAUUGCGCUCAUUCUAACCGCACCGCUUGAGCUUAUCGUUAUGGACGCCACAAUGCAAUUGCUUGUACAAACGUGCCCGGUCAUUUGCUGGGGUGAGAAAAGAUGUUGGGACAAAAUUCGAUUCGCAUUGCCCGAUCUUCCAUCGCAUAAUCGUUCAAUCAAAAAAUUGGGCACUGUAUCGCGCAGCCCAAAUCUACGCUACACACCCGCACCAACAACGCUCGAUACAUGGUGCAAAAAUCAUCCGGGUUUCGCCGUUCCAAUGAACAACGCCACCAAUAUUAGUAUGGAAGUGGUGGAACAAAUGCAACAAGCACAUCAACAACAACAGCUCCAGCAACAGCAGCAUCAACAGAAAUUGACACAGGAUCAACUGUCGCUGUCACCAAUUUCACUGUCACGUCAAUCAAAUGCGGCAACAUCUCCAUCGCAUAGCAUGAGCAUCACCGAAGAUGAACUGUCAUGUACGUCGUCUCAUUACGAACCGGCCGCCACUUUACAUCAGCAAACAAACUAUGUAUGUCGUUCGUCCGCCUCAUCGCUGGGCCAUGUCUAUUCAACCAUACCAGAAACACCGCAAAUGAAUCGAAAUGGUCGCGCUUACUUCGUUUAAGCUAUUUGAGAGCGAGCAGCAUAACACACACACACACACACGACAUUCUUACCCACAAGCCAGCGCCACAAGGCCCACCAGUCACGGUAAUCAUAUACUCUAAAAGACUAUUUAUUAAAAGAAAUAAAAGGCGAAACCAUUUCAUGUUUUUCACCAUAUACGUAACCCAUAAAUGUGUAUAGUUCAGUAUCGAAAUCUAAAAGAAAACCCUUCCUUCCUUUCAUUUCACUUUUUCAAUUUGUAUUCCAUCGUCUUAAAUUCGUCUCUCUACACUUUCAUUUCAAAUCGAACACAAUUUUUAAAUCACUGAAAACAAAACAACAAUACUGCCAAUGUAUGAGAAUUCAAAGUGAAACUAUUAAUUAAAAUCAUGGGGACAAAAUGUUUUAUUUCGGUUCGUUUUGUUUCAAUUUCCAGUCCAAUAUAGAUUUUUUUCUAUCUUUUUAAAAUUCUCAAUUCAUAGUGGGAACAAAAACACCUGUCAAUUUGAUCGAACAGUAUGUCGCACACAUUUGCACAAAUUGAUGAACAAGUCAUUCGAAGCCAUUGACCAUCGUUGCGAUAGAACGAAUCAAUGCGCCUAGUAUUAUAGCCAUCGAUUUUGCAUUUUGUGUACCGAACAUGUUCUGUUCUCUGUUUUAUUCCAUUUGAUUUGAUUUGAUAUAACUUAUCAUUGUGUCAAUCUUAAAAAAAAAAAAAAACGAUUUUUUUUCAUUCGUUCCGAAUUUGAUAACAUUGAAAAGACAGCCGCCCCCUCGGGACGAAAACGAGCUACCUGAAUCGGAAUAACGAUUGAAAACUGAUGCGCUAAACCAUCGUCUCUAUUUUUAGAGGCAUUCGUGUUUGAAGUCCGGAAUUUAUCAUGACUACCGAAUUUUUAAAGUUUUAUCACAUGAAAAAAUCGAUUGUUUUGAUUCAAAUAUUGAAUUCGUUUCGUAAACGCAUAAUAUCUUUCGUCCAUAUCUCUCUAUCUAUCUCUCUUCUCGACUCGGUCGAUUCAAAAGGCAAAGGGAGACGGAAAAAUGUGCUCCAAUCGAUUCUAAUCAGUAGCCAAUAUAUCAUUUGAUUGUUCGUAUUUGAUAAGUUUUCGAUAAUUUAUUACGCGAGACCAUUAGAAACGGACCUCAAUUCAAUGAAUUCAUUUAAAUAAUAACCACACAUUUUUAAACGAGUGAAUUACUCCACUCAUGAAAAAAAAAGUACGGAGCAUUGUCUAGAGCGAGGGGGAGUCUAGGUAACGAUUCAAAUGUUUGGUGUAAAAUUGUCUCCAAUUUGGAAUCACCUAAAAAUCAUGAGAGAGAGAGAGAGAGAGAGAGAGAGAGAGAGAGAAAGAGAGAGGGGGAAAUAGCCAUUAAAAAUUUAUAAAACAUCAAAACAUUUCAUUUUUCGAAAUGGAAUUUCUCUUUUAAUUGCUCCCACAUUCCGAUUCAGUUUCGAACGUUUCCGAAUCACACGCGGUGGCGGCGACGUCCAAAAAACUGGAAAUGAAACAAAUCGAUCGGAAAAAACGGAACAACUCAUUUUUAUUCUUUUUCAUCAUCAUUAUCAUUCAAAUCAUACAUGAAAAUGUGUUUUUUUCAUGUUGAAUAAUUGAUUUGAAAGAGAAAAAAGGAGAUGAGCUUACACCAUUUAUAAAUAAAAUAACGAAACGAAAGAAAGCAAACCAACUGUCCGGUGUUAUUUCCCAAUAAAUGUAACAAAAACAUUAAACACAUUAAAAAGUGAGAGAAUUUAUACUUAUAAUCAAUUAAUUCUAAUUGUACUGCCAUUUGCCACACCACACAAUGAAAAUACAUACAUUCACUUUUAAAUUAAACAAAAUAGACAAAGAAAAAACAACAAUGUUUCAAAGUAACCAAGACACAGAAGAGAGAAA